UAAUUGUGGGGUACAGAAUUCAAGUGUUUUUUUGACAUGACAUAAUAUAGACAUAGCAUAGAUCUGUCUGACUGCAAUGUUAGUUUACUUAUUAUGAAUGAUUGCACAAUAUAGCACCACGGCCUUUACCCCCAAAUCAGCCAGUAGUCAGUUGUGUUGUCUGUGUGGUUGUGGUAUUAUUUAUUUGCAUUUCCCAUAAACACUUUUUCCUUUUGCAGAUUUUAUUACUUUUUGUUACACGUCCGAAAAUGUACUACAAACCCCUAGUUUACCUAUUAUUUUUCAGCACGCCCUGGAUGAUCUGGUUCUUUGGUGCUGCCAAUUACUACUCAGAUUACAUUAGCAGCACUUAUUUCUCGGAUCAUGAGGAGCAAAACGUGGUCUAUGAUUUCAUCGUUGUUGGAUCGGGGGCUGCGGGUGCCGUGGUUGCUCACAGACUUUCCACUUCAAAAAACAUCAAAGUUUUGCUGAUUGAAGCCGGAGGCGACCCCUCAUUUUUAAACAGUGUUCCUGGAAUUUCUGCUGACCUGAUUGGAUACCCGGAAACUGAUUGGAUGCAUAUGACCGUUCCUCAAAAACAUGCGUGUUGGGCCAUGAAAAACAAUCAAUCCAUGUGGAAUGCCGGAAAAGUGUUGGGUGGGUCAACGCAACUAAAUAUGAUGUUUUAUUUGAGAGGUCAUCCAGCAGAUUACGACAACUGGGCAAACCUAACCGGGGACGUAAGGUGGUCAUAUGAAAACGUGCUGCCGUUUUUUAAAAAAUCUAUAAAAUCCUAUAACGGAGAAUUUUCAGACAACAAAAAACAUUACUCUGAAUCUGAUUACGGAUUUUUAAAUAUCGAACAAAGACGUUGGCUGAGCCUUUAUGAGGAAUUUAAAGAAAGCGGAGAACAAAAUGGGUUUCCGACGAUCGACGCUAACGGAGGAUCGCAACGUACAGGAUUUGCAAAAAUUGAAGCCACGCAAAAAAAUGGGGAACGGUUUGGAACAUACUCCGCAAUUAUCUUACAACUUGAAAAUAAGCCAAACGUCAAAAUUUUAAGAUAUUCUCGUGCAAUGAAGGUAAAACUUGAUAAGAAUUUACGAGCUGAAGGGGUUUGGUACAUGCAACAUGGUGUCAAAAAGUUUGCUCGAGCUAAGAAGGAGGUUAUUCUUUCAGCAGGUUCAGUAAACUCGCCUCAAAUUCUUAUGAUGUCAGGAAUUGGUCCCAAAUCUCAUCUUGAAUCUGUCGGCAUCAAAACUAAAUUAAACCUUCCUGUUGGCGAAAACCUCCACGACCACAUCAUGACCAUUUUGGCCCCCUUUCUCAUCAAUCAACCAAAAUCUUUUCUUGCCGAAAGGGAUUUUUCUCCAGCAGUAAUUUAUGACUACAGUGUCAAUGGAAAAGGACCACUCACUGUGCCGAACGCCCUUCACUCUCAGUUAUUCUACUCGUCUGCCUCUGUUCGAAAAUCCGGCGUUGAUUGGCCUGACAUUCAAGGUUUCUUUGCGCCUGCCGGGACUCAAGACGUAUUGGCGAAGUCAAUUUCCCGAGGUCAGAAUAUUCGCGAGGAAGUGCUCUACCCACUUUUGGAGCCUCAUUUUGGACGGGACAGUUUCGUCAUUUUAGUCGGUCUUGUGAGACCAAAGAGUCGUGGGAAUGUUCGACUUCAGGAUAAAAAUCCACUUUCACGUCCUUUGAUCGAUCCUCACUAUUUGGAACACCCAGACGAUGUGGCAGCUUUAGUUGACGGGGUCAAAAAGAUUGUGGACGUUUUUGAGUCGUCGGAACCGUUUAAAAAACUUGAAACACGUUUACCAAAACAACACACUAAAGGCUGUGAGCAGUAUGAGAUUCGUAGUUAUGCCUAUUGGGCAUGCCACAUCCGCCAUUUCACCCUGACUAUUUGGCAUCCUGUUGGCACUUGCCGUAUGGGUCGAGUUGACGAUAAGAUGUCUGUGGUCGAUACACGAUUAAGAGUCCUUGGAGCUAAGGGUCUAAGGGUGAUUGAUGCGAGUAUCAUGCCAACAAUCGUCAAUGCUAACACAGCAGCCCCAUCAAUGAUGAUUGGAGAAGCAGGGUCAGACGCAGUCAGAGAAUAUUGGAGUCAACAAUUUCACGUUUCGAAUUUAUGGGACUACACAUUUUCCCUGAAGCCGCAGGCCAAGUGCUACUACUCCCAACUAGUCUGAAAUUCUGAUUUUAUUCCUUAAAAUCUUUGUGAUAUCUCGUUACCUCUUGUUUCCUUAUUGUUAAAAGAUGGAUAUAAAGUUGUUCACCGAAAAAUGCCAUGAAA